CGCUCGACUCGCCCUGCCUGCCGCCUCCGCCGCCGCUCUGGCUGCUGGGUCGGGGCGCUGCAGCGCGGCCUGGACCCGCUCUUCCCCCCCCUUCCCCUUUCCCCCACCCUCAACUUCAUUGCUCGGCGGCGGCUCCCGUCCGCUUCCCGCUCCCGGAGCUGAGAAGAACCGGGUUUGUGCUUCGUGGCUUUCAUCUCUCAGACAACGCCGCCGCGCCGGGCUCCGCUCGGGCCGCCGCAGCCAUGACUACGGAGGACGAGAUCAUCCGCAUCGCCAAGAAGAUGGACAAGAUGGUGCAGAAGAAGAACCCGGCUGGAGCUCUUGAUUUAUUGAAGGAGCUUAAGAAUAUUCCCAUGACCCUUGAGUUGUUACAGUCUACCAGAAUUGGAAUGUCUGUGAACGCAAUACGCAAGCAAAGCACAGAUGAAGAAGUUACAUCUUUAGCAAAAUCUCUUAUCAAGUCUUGGAAGAAACUGUUGGAUGGACCUUCAACUGAUAAAGAUUCUGAAGAAAAAAAAAAGGAGCCUGCAUCUUCCUCACAAAACAGCCCCGAGGCAAGAGAAGAAAGCAGUUCAAGUAGCAAUUCCAGCAGCAGGAAGGAGGAGGGGAGUGCUCCCUCAAAUUCUUUCAUCCCUUCUUUUCCCCGGGCUCCAAGCACUUCGGAUUCUGUACGAGUGAAAUGUAGAGAAAUGCUCUCUGCAGCUCUCAGAACAGGAGAUGAUUACAUUGCUAUUGGUGCUGAUGAGGAAGAGUUGGGUUCUCAAAUUGAAGAAGCUAUUUUUCAAGAAUUAAAAAACACUGAUAUGAAAUACAAAAACAGAGUACGAAGUAGAAUAGCGAAUCUCAAGGAUGCAAAGAAUCCUAACCUAAGGAAAAAUGUGUUAUGUGGGAACAUUCCUCCUGACAAGUUUGCCAAAAUGACAGCAGAGGAAAUGGCGAGUGAUGAGCUGAAAGAAAUGCGCAAAAAUCUGACCAAAGAAGCCAUCAGAGAGCACCAGAUGGCUAAAACAGGAGGUACCCAAACUGAUCUGUUUACAUGUGGCAAGUGCAAAAAGAAGAACUGUACAUACACCCAGGUUCAAACCCGCAGUGCUGAUGAGCCCAUGACGACGUUUGUUGUCUGUAAUGAAUGUGGAAACAGAUGGAAGUUCUGUUAGAAGAAGAAAUUGUCAAGACAUCUGGACCAGUAUGAAAGAUGAUUUUGUAAUUAGCUUUAAAAACUAGGCUAAGCAUCUAGCUUCCUGCAAAUGAGAGAUUUUUUGAGCUUUGUUUUCUUUCUUCUUUUUUUCUUUCUUCUUUCUUUCUUUCUUUUCUUUUUUUAAAGCAGCAUACAUGCCUGAAGUUAGCCUUUAUUUUGACACAGCCAUCAUUUCCUUAAAUGCCUUCCUCUAGCUGAUAGUCUGUAGGGCCAGGUUGCUCAAUUGUAUGGUGAAUGUUAAAAUAUUUUUUCAUUUUUAUAAGUAAGUUGACAUUAAACUUUUACCAAUGAAA